AUGGCGGCUCCCCCUUCCCUCCAGUCGACCGCCUUCGCCUCCUCCGCGCCUCUGCUCGAAAUGCUGCUCAGUCGUGGGAACAAGGCCCAGGAGCUGCCGAGACAGGCAGGAAGUGAGUCCACGUGCUCAGUGGCCCUGGGAAGAUUUCUGCACUCGGGAUCGGAGAGGAGGAAGACCCCCUCGGUCGUCUCGCUCUCCGCCGUCAACGGGGUGAACGGCAACGGAAGGAGCAAGGUUUCGCAGGCUAUGGACUGCACGCAAGUCGCCAGGCCGAGGCCGAAAGUUCUUGUGACUGGAGGAGCGGGUUACAUCGGUACCCACCUGUGCACGGAGCUGCUGCAGAGAGACUACGACGUCGUCGUGCUGGACAACUUCAUGAACUCGUCCCCGCGGGCGCUCGAGCUUGUGGUGGGAAGGAGGGGAGAGGAGGAGGAACGCUGA